GUACUUAGUGGUUUGAUUUUACUGAAGCCGAUAACAACGCGACAGAGGGUUUUUCUGUCGCAAAAUAUUAACUUUUACCAAGUUUAUAUUAUUUUUUUUAAACCUUUAAAUAAAUAAAUGUUUAUUUUACUGCCGGUUGUAAUAUUAGUUUCGAGCGCUUCAACUAUUUGUUUAUUAUCAUAUUGCAAGUCAAGAAACUUGAAAAAACAACAAUCGCAAGUAAAUCAUGUGACUAGAAGAAGAUUAGGCGCUAGACAGCCUGUCCCAUCGAUAUAUAUUGUUCCAACGACAAGUCAAAUAAUGGAAAUGUAUGCCAAUCAAGCAAUCAAUAAUGCUGGGCAAUCAAGAACCACCACCAACGAACAAUUCAAACCACCUCCGGAUUAUGGACAAGUUGUUGUGGAAAUACCACCCACUUAUGAGGAAGCUAUUAAUAUUAAUAGGGCAGGACGGAGUAUAGCUAAUCAAACUUGAAUGGGGGGAUGUGUUGUUCGUAAUCGAUUAAAGUGCCUGAAUGUUAUUUAAAUCUUAAAAUUUAGAUAUCUUUUUUCAAUAAAAUUGCUUGUGUUUAUGAUGAUGCAAUAAAAUAAAAGCCUUGAUCAA